GGGUUGACACAGUUGGUCCCCAACGCAAUGAGGGGGGGUAGCAGGAGAGAUAAGGGGUGGUAUUAUUUCACCACGAGGGUAGCUAAUAAAGAGGGUAGGAUUUUAUUCACUGCGGGUCUUUCAUCCAUUAAGGGAUGGAAGGAAAAAUUCUUUUUUGUGGAUGACACGGAAUGGGGGAAAGGGGAUGCUGAGGUGAGGGUGUUAGCCUCCUGGAAGGCCAAAAGGGCCAACCAGAAUAGGUUUAGUUUGAAUGGGGAUGAAGAGGAAGAAGUGGGGAGGUUGGUGAGGAAGAGGGGGGAUGUACUAAAUAUUAUGGACCUCACCAGCGCAGCAUGCAUAGAGGCUGCUGAGCUCUAUGGGCCAAGCGCUCUGAGUGAAGCUGACAUGAAUCAAUUUAUGAAUACUGCUGGAGGGAAGGCCAUCCCCAAGAAGCCAAGGAAGAAGUCAAGGACUUCAGCUAAGCAAGUGGAUGAGGGGAGAGCUGGGAAGGAGGUAGUGCCCCUGGCUUCAGCUGAGAUGGAGGACGAGGUGCCACCGUUGAAGAGGAAGGGUUGGGAGGAGAGGAGAGCAGUGGAGAAGAAGCAGAAGGUGGUGGAGGAAAAGGGGAGUGGGGUGCCUGAGUUCGUACCUCAGCCUCCUCCUGUUGAGCUGGACCCUGAGCUCAGACGGUUGGAGGAGGGGGCUGAGGUACGAGCUCCUGGUAAGGGAAAGGGCCCUAUUACCCCGGCGGUGUCUCAGAGCAGCCUGUUCGAGGCGAAGAAUAUGAUGGGGGCUAGGUGGUUUAUCAACAACACCUUCCCCGAAGUAAACAAACGCCACGUGCGAGAGGAGGCUCUGAGGUACGGAGGAGCUUCUGUGGUGAAGCACGUCCUUGAGAGCGCGAGCUGGGUGAAUGGUCUAGCCCAGGAAUUCAGGGAGGGUGUAAAGGCGCGCGCACUCUUGCAGAGGCAGUGUGACCAGCUGCAGAAAGAGAAGGAAGAGUUGGAGAAAAAGAAUAAGGAGCUGCAAGAGUCUCUGAACGAGGUGGUUCCAGCUAUGAAGCAGUUGGAGCAGGAGAGGUCUUCCUUGAGCACCAAACUCGUCUUUGAGGAGAGCAAACGAAGGAUCUCCGAAAGCGAGCGUGAGGCUCAGGCGCAAGAAAUAAAGCUGAUAACGGAGGCAUUCAAGGAGCUGAAAGGGAACAUGCAGAAGUUGGUGCAUAAUGGAAUGGAGGAGCACAUUAGCAACUUCAUCAGUUCCAGCUCGUUUGACAGCAUCGUCAACUUGUACCAGCUGCCCACUGCCAUCAUCGCGUUUACUGAUUGCAGAAAGAAGGUGAAGGCUGCAUAUCCCGAAGUGGAUGUGACAAAGAUCACCUUCGGCGAGCAAGAAGAAGGAGUGGAGGAAGAUGGUGAGAGCAUGUCAGCAGACUUCCGUCCUCAAAUCAAAUUGAGGUGGGAGGAUGAUGCAGACGGUCUUGCUGUUUUCCCUCCAAGAUUCGACUUUGAGUUCGUGGCAGUGGAGGAAGAAGGGGCAGAGGUAGGAGGAGACGAAGUGGAGGUAAGAGUGGAAGGAACUGAAGUGGAUGAGAGGCAACUAGCUCCAGAAGUAGAGAUCCACUCAGUUCCUUCUGACGAUGAGCAGCCUCCACUGCCAGAUGAGCAGCAGCCAACACAACCACCUCUUCCGGCUGAACAAGAGCCAAGAGGUUAUGAUGAGAGUGCAGAGAUAGUGGAAGAGGUAAAGCAGUACCGAUCUGAACUAAGGACCAGGGAUGACCUGUGCCACUUAGUAGAAACGUACGAGAUCUCUUCUCGGGUGUUAGUUAGGCCAACUGGGGUAGAGGAGAGGACAUGUUCUGCUCCUCGGGAUCAUUGGAUGCCCGUAUACUCCCAUUAUUUGUAUGCUGGGCUUAAGUUUCCAAUUCCCGAGUUAUUAAUAGGUUUACUGUUAGAUUACAACAUAGGGUUGACACAGUUGGUCCCCAACGCAAUGAAGGGAGGGAGUAGGAGGGAUAAGGGGUGGUAUUAUUUCACCCCUAGGGUAGAUAAGAAGGAGAGCAGGAUUUUAUUUACUGCGGGUCCUUCAUCCAUUAAGGGAUGGAAGGAAAAAUUCUUUUUUGUUGAUGAUACGGAGUGGGGGAAAGGGGAUGUCGAGGUGAGGGCAUUAGCUUCCUGGAAGGCUAAAAGGGCCAACCAGAAUAGGUUUAGUUUGAAUGGGGAUGAGGAGGAAGAAGUGAGGAAGUUGGUGAGGAAGAGGGAGGAUGAAUUGAAUAUCAUGGACCUCACCAGCGCAGCAUGCAUAGAGGCUGCUGAGCUCUAUGGGCCAAGCGCUUUGAGUGAAGCUGACAUGGAACAGUUUCUGAACACUGCCGGAGGAAAGGCCAUCCCCAAGAAGCCAAGGAAGAAGUCAAGGACUUCAACCAGGCAAGUGGAUGAGGGGAGAGCUGGGAAGGAGGUAGUAGCUACUGCUUCAGCUGAGACGGGGGAAGAUGUGCCACAGCUGAAGAGGAAGGGUUGGGAAGAGAGGAGGGCACUAGAGAAGAAGAAGAAGGUGGUGGAGGAAGAGGCUAGUGGGGUGCCUGAGUUCGUACCUCAGCCUCCUCCUGUUGAGCUGAACUCUGAGCUCAGACGGUUGGAGGAGGGGGCUGAGGUGGUUUAUCAACAACACCUUCCCCGAAGUAGACAAACGCCACGCGCGAGAGGAGGCUCUGAGGUACGGAGGAGCUUCUGUGGUGAAGCACGUCCUUGAGGUACGUUAAAUUAAUGCUGCUGUUUACU